AUGCCUUAUUCUUUUAUCGAGAAAGAGGCGGCCCAUGUUGAAGGUUUGAGCCCAGAAUUAGCACUGGUAACAAUUGGUGGUGGAAAAGAACUUGAGGAAAAGCUCGUGGUUCGACCAACUAGUGAAACUAUUGUGAACCAUAUGUUCACCCAGUGGAUUCAUAGUUAUCGGGAUCUUCCUCUCAUGAUUAAUCAAUGGGCAAAUGUCACAAGGUGGGAAAUGCGCACAAGACCAUUUGUGAGGACUCUUGAAUUUCUCUGGCAGGAGGGGCAUACAGCUCAUGCAACAGAAAUUGAAGCAGAGAAAGAGGCAUUGCAAAUGAUUGAUAUUUAUACAAAAUUUGCUUAUGAAGAAGCUGCAAUGCCUGUCAUUACAGGACAAAAGUCCAGACUUGAAACAUUUGCAGGUGCUUCCCGAACCUAAACAAUUGAAGAAAUGAUGGGUGAUCGAAAGGCUCUGCAGGCUGGAACAAGUCACAAUCUUGGACAGAAUUUUUCCCAUGCCUUUGGCACUCAGUUCAUGGAUGAAAAUGGACAAAGACAAUAUGUAUCGCAGACAUCGUGGGCAAUUAGCACUCGUUUCAUUGGUGGUAUUAUCAUGACUCAUGGAGAUGAUGCUGGCUUGAUGCUGCCUCCUCGUAUAGCACCAAUACAGGUGAUAAUUGUUCCCAUUUGGAAAAAAAGUGAUGAAAAGGCAGGUGUUCUUAGUGCUGCAACACAUGUGGAGGAGGCACUUAAAUCAGCUGGUGUGAAAGUUAAGGUUGACAGUUCAGAGCAGAAGACCCCUGGAUGGAAAUUCAACUUCUGGGAGAUGAAAGGAGUACCAUUAAGGAUUGAGAUUGGGCCUCGUGAUGUUUCAAAUGGAAGUGUAGUCAUCUCUAGAAGAGACAUCCCAGGAAAACAAGGAAAAGUUUUUGGAAUAUCAAUGGAACCUUCAACUUUGGUCCCAUAUAUCAGGGACAGGCUGCAAGAUGUUCAAGCAUCUGUUCUUGAAAGGGCUAUUACAUUCCGUGACAGCAAUAUUGUUGACGUGAGUUCCUAUGAUGAGCUUAAGGCAGCGAUUGCUGAGGGCAGAUGGGCAAGGGGUCCUUGGUCGGCCAGCGAUGCUGAAGAAUUACGGAUAAAGGAAGAAACAGGUGCAACUAUUAGGUGCUUUCCUUUUGAGCAGCCAGAAGGGCUGAAAACGUGUUUCAUGACGGGAAACCGUGCAAAUGAGGUGGCUAUAUUUGCAAAAUCAUAUUAGAGAGCCCUUGUGCCAUGCUAUUGUAUUGUUCCUAUGAUGCCAUUGCAUCUGCAUUUUUGUUAUUUAUGUUAAAUGCCAUUUUAAUUUAUGGGUCACCAUUCACACUCUCCAAUAAUUUGUAAGAUAAUUUUUCCUUCCGCUCUUUCAAGAAUUGUAAACUUGUGGGCUUGACGUCUAAAGAAUUUAUUUUACUGCUAUACCCAGUUGAGUCCUUGGUCAUAAUGCUGAUGUAGUGCUUACAAUUCAACAGCAACUUGUGAAAUCUUCAGCUGUGUCAGCGUAGUUUGUGUAAGAUGAAGACAAGAUAUUUAUGUUCAA